UGAGAAACUACAACUAGACCAAGACCCACACAUUGAUAUGGAGAUGUGGGACUAUAAAUAGGAGGGAUGGAGCCAGCAGAGAUCAGAUUCUCUCUACAGAGACCUCUACAGCACACAGAUCCAGACAUGGCUCCUACAACCACUGCAGCAAUGACCAACUCUCAGGAGCAUCUCACUCUGACCCACAAGCUCAGAAAACCUCUGGUGGAGAAGUUACGCAGAGAGCGAAUCAACAGCAGCAUUGAGCAGCUCAAGUCUCUCCUGGGUCCAGAGUUCCUCAAACAGCAGCCAGACUCCAAGCUGGAGAAAGCAGACAUCCUGGAGAUGACAGUUUGUGUCCUGAGACGACUGCAGCAGCAGAAUCAGCAGCAGAGAAGACUGCUGAACCACUUCAACAAGCUGCAGUCUUCCUCUGAUAACAACCUAAGAGAGGCUGACUUCUCUCCUCUGAGCUCCAUAGUCCAGACCAGCAUCACCACAGACAAGAGUCCAGUCAACAGCGCCCCCUGGAGGCCGUGGUAGACACCUACAGACUGGAGUUACUGCCAGACAAACUGAGAACACCAUAUUGGUCAAAGAUUACUGAAACGGAAUUCAACUGAAUUCUGAAGUCUAAUUAACUUGUUCUUCUGUGUUUACAGAAAGUUACAUUUUCUUUUUCUUUUUUCUUUGUUUAAGAUGACAUUUCCUGAGGAAAUGACAGCAACAAUAUCUUUCAGUUUAAGAAAGAAAACAUCUUGUCAUGCAUGUUGCAUGAAACAAAUCUGAUUGCAUCUGCAAUUAUUAUUAUUGUACCUCACUGUCCUUCAUGUAUUAGUACAGUUGUAUGGUUACAUUUGUUAUCCUUUGAUUGUUAUCGAUCAUGCUGAUCAGAAACUUGAAUUGUUCUUUUAAUGAAUAUUUUGUCAUAAUUGACCUUAAUCUCUGCGAUCACCCGAAACUGAUCUGUUGUUAGAUCAACAUUUUUAUCCUUUUAUUCCUAAAGGUUUGCUUAAUAUCACACUGUCACAAUUUUCCGGUGACUGUCAUGUGUCUUUAAUGAACUUCAUGUAUUUAGCAGUUAUUAGCCUGCUUCAAAAUAAUCAAUAUUAUUAUAUUUAUAUAUUCUGAUCUGUUUUAAGGUCAAUUUUUACUCUUUUGCUUUUAUUUUCUUAAGAGCAAAUUAAAUUAAUAUUACUGAGCUGUUUUUAGUCUCUUGUCAAAUGUGUUUGUCUUUUAUAAAGACAGUUGUUCCUUUACUCUCUGUGAGUACAGUGUGUCUUGUAGAAAUCUACAAGUUGUUGUUGUGAUGUAUCAUCACCUCUAGUUUGUGGCUCAUUGUGCCUUAUUGAAUAAACAAAGACUUCCAGCUGAAUUUUUUUUUUGUCCUUGUUGUUUUGUCCUUUGACACAUUUUUUCUCUCUGCUCUCAUUUGAUUAUUUUAAAAUGUUU